UUCCAGUGUGUCCAGCAAGUUGUGCUGUCCUCAGGGAAAAGCACAGGCACAGCAGUGACCCCGACUCCACCAUGCUCCAGGAUGAUAUCCCAGCAGAGAUCGAAACCCUGUUCAGCAAACACUACCAAUAUGUGAAAGAGGCCAACUGGCUUCUUCCAGGCUCUGGGGAGGCCUUUAUCUCUGCACAUGAGGAAUUCCAAGAACUUCUAGCUUUGAAAGACUCUCUCAAUCAAGUGAAGAACCUUCUGAGUGACAAAAGGCUGGAUGAAUGGCAUCAACACACGUCAUUCACAAACAAGGCAGGCAAGGUCGUGUCUGAGGUACGAAGAUCCGCCAAUGCUGAGCUUUGCACCCAAGCCUGGUGCAAGUUCCAUGAGAUUCUGGGCACCUAUUCACUUCUACCCAAUGAAGCUUUGUGGAACAGGGAGCUGAACACCAUUCAUCUCUGCGAGGCACCGGGGGCUUUUGUGGCCAGUCUUAACCAUUACCUGAAAACACAAGCUCUGAAUUGCGAUUGGAAUUGGGUCGCCAACACACUUAAUCCUUACCACGAAGCCAAUGACGGGCUGGUUAUGAUUACUGAUGAUCGCCUGAUAGCAAACACACUUCCAUGGUGGUUUUUUGGACCAGACAAUACAGGGGAUGUCAUGACUUUGAAACACCUGACAGGUCUACAGCAUUUCAUUAGCAACAUGCCCACUGUCCAUCUGAUCACCGCAGAUGGAAGCUUUGACUGCCAAGGCAACCCAGGAGAGCAGGAGUCUCUCGUUUCUCCUCUACAUUAUUGUGAAGUGGUCACCUGUCUGGCAACCCUUGGCAAGGGAGGGUCGUUUGUUUUGAAGAUGUUUACCCUUUUUCAGCACUCCUCUGUCAACCUCAUGUAUCUUCUGAAUUGUAGUUUUGAUCAGGUGCACAUUAUUAAACCCGGAACGAGCAAAGCUGGAAACUCUGAGGUUUAUGUCGUAUGCUUGGGGUACUCUGGGAAAGAGCCUAUGGAAGACCUCCUGUCAAAAAUGAUCCAGAACUUUGGCGCAGAUAUCGUGAGCAAAGCCCUGUUCCCCCACAGAAUCCUUCCAGCAUCGUUUAUGAGAUGCCACCUAGAGUGCUGUACUCUCUUCCACAAGCAUCAGACAGAAACCAUCAUGGGAAAUCUUCAGCUCUUCUCGUAUAUGGGGGAAGAGGAGAAGUCCCGGUUGAAUGCCUUGCGGGAUUAUGCAGUUUCCUAUUACUUCCAAAAGUUCCAGAUAAAGCGUAUUCCCAGAAAACACUGGCUUGUUAGAAAAGUGCAGGCCGGGUGCAGCGUCGGCACGCGAUGUGUGAGCGGCCGUGUCCGAAGCACUGACACCUUCAAUGAGAGGAAGCAGCUUGAGAGCUUAACCUGGGCCGCAAAGGUGGCUGCUGGUUAUUUUAGCCCCUGGCUCAAAGAGCAUUUUCAAGACAACGUGGGUGCUGGUUGCUUUCUUGAAGGAGGUUAUGGUGACCCGAAAAUCAGUGAGUGGUACAUCCUGGAGGGGAAGCUGCUGACAAGAAUCCAAAGCUCCCCCUUCUGUGACAGCGAGGAAUUAAAGAGCUUAAACGCAGCCAUUGAGGGGUGCUUUAAGGCGUCUGCAGAGGACUCUUUCCCAAGCUGCCCGCUUUGUGUUACGUUGGCCACAGAGACUAUUGGCACAGAGGUGGUAACUAUGACACAGGCCGGUCAGCGUGUUCUGGUUUGUGGCUCUCGUUCGCUCUCUGAGUUUCUGAAUGCCAGGCAGGUGCCUUGUCUUUUCAUUCAGUCUCCAUGUUCACUUAAAUGCUCUUCUGUUCUGCACGAUGGGGAUCCAGCCUACCAGCAGCAGCUCCUCAACUGGGUUCUACAUGCCCUGAACCAGCUGCAGGACGGUGACUCUUUGGUGCUCCCUGUCCUGUCUUCCUUCACCCGUGUAACUGCUGGUAUACUCUAUGUACUGUAUCAUUGCUUUCAGGUGAUAACAUUCUCGUGUCCUGCCACCAGCCUCGCUCCAGGAGCUGACACUCUGCUGCUCUGUUGUGGCUUCCGUGCUCCUUGCGAUGUGUUCACACAGCACUUGGAGCUGCUGAAGGAAAGGACAGAGUGCUUACUGAGCUCUGGCUCUUCCCGACAGGUCCUACAGUUUGCUCCUAUAGAGGCCCUGCUCAGGGGUCCCUUUUUGUACUUUUUAUGGGAUUUAAAUGGUGCCAUUGUCAGGUAUAGACUGCACGUGAUCGGUCACCAUGAGAGCGAAAGGACAUUGGCUUCAAUUAAGCCGCAAUCCCGGAGAUUGUCACAAGAUGCGGAGCACACGUAAACACGGCUGUUACUGUGUCUGUUUCUCAGUGUUUUUGCGUUGACUCUCAGAGAAUGAAGAUCUCUUCCUGCAGAAACUGUCUUAAUUGUGUGAUUUUAUUCAUUCCCAUAGGGCAGGAGGCUUCAUUGGAGCGCACUCUUUGGACAUAAUGGAGUUUUGUUAAGCUGCAGUCAAGCAUUUAUUGUUUGAGGUUAUCUCUAGCCAGAAGUGUAUUUUAGUUCCUUUUUUAUGCUGGAAUAUUUUAUUUUUACUGUGACAUACACAUUGAACAGUAAAACACUGCACUUUC